GAUGACGGAAGCGGCUGAAUGGUGCCUUUGGCGCUGAGGUGCAGGCGUAUCAGGAUGAGCACCUGGGAGCCCGGCAAAGCAUGGGGGGUGCCCACGGUUCCCCUUUCUAAUGGCUUAAACAUCCCCAUAUUGGGGCUGGGAACAUCCCAUCAAGGUGGCUAUUCCCACGAGGCAGUGGUAUACGCACUUCAGAAAUGUGGCAUUCGUCAUAUCGACACGGCAAAACGAUAUGGCUGUGAAUCGCUCCUGCAGAAGGCGAUCAAAGAGAGUGGAAUAGAACGGGAGGAUCUCUGGAUAACAACCAAACUCUGGCAUGCUGACUAUGGCUAUGACAAAACAAAACAAGCCUGCUUGGAAUCUUGCAACAGACUUGGGGUGGAAUAUCUAGAUCUUUAUUUAAUACAUUGGCCAGAUGCACAAGUCCCUGGAAAAAGCAGCCGAGAAGUCAGAGCGGAAACUUGGCAGGCCAUGGAAGAAUUGUAUGAGAAAGGUAUAUGCAAGUCAAUUGGAGUUAGCAACUUUUUAAUUGAACACUUGGAGCAGCUGAGGGAGGACUGUCAGAUAACUCCACAUGUAAAUCAGGUAGAAUAUCAUCCUUUCCAAAGGCCUCAAGAGCUAGUGGAGUAUUGCCAAAGGAGGAAUAUUGUUUUUGAAGGUUACUGUCCACUAGCUAAAGGUGAAGCUCUUAAUCAUCCCAACAUUGUCCAGCUUGCAAAGAAAUAUGGCAGAACUGCUGCACAAAUCUGUAUUCGUUGGAGCAUCCAGAAUGGCAUAGUCACCAUUCCAAAAUCUACAAAACCAGAGAGAGUACAAGAAAACUGUCAGGUCUUUGAUUUUUCACUAGACUUUGAUGAUGUUGCAGUACUAAAUGGAAUGCAUGAUGGGAGACAUGUUUCCUGGGAUCCAACCUCAGUUGUUUAAGUGCAAGGUCUUUGAUUUUAGGCUUGCAAAAGAAGAUAUGGAAUUGCUUGACUCCAUGAACGUCAAUAGAAAGUUGGUCUAUCUAACCUAUCCAUUAUGGAAGGGCUAACCCAUGGAGUGGUUACAGAAUAGAGUGGCUGAGAACACAAUGGCUUCUGGAUUUCCCCAAGCUUGUCCCUGCUAUUUACGGUAUUUAAUGCAUUCAGAGCUAAUGCAACUUAAGUAUUUUUUGCACAAACAUAUCUUUCCUUAUUAACAAAUUAUUAGGCUACUGUAUGGAGUGUUCCCAUUCCAAGCUCUCACUUAAAAGACUUUUCGGGAAGUUGUAAGUUACUCUUGAGCCUAACUAGAAAUGAAUUUUAAAAAAGUCAUUGCUAAGCUUAAUACAGCUAGAUCCCUGUUGGUUUUGGCCAUGUGUGAGACAAUUUGGAGUUUGGAACUGCGUGGUAAUGAAAAUUAAUGUUAAUAAUAUUAAUGUCUGAUUAAUAUUUUGUUCUAUCUAUUCUUUUUUUGCAUGGAGGUAACCAAAUGAAUUUAGAACACUAUCACACAAUUGCAGUCCGUUUUAUUGUCAAUAAACAAGUUUAAACCAAUGUUCUGGGAAGAUUCAUUUUAAUCAAAACUGUUGUGAGGAACAGGUACUUAUCAAGGCAGUUUGUGAAAAAAUAUUUGCUACAAGUUUUCAGAUAUUAACAAUAGCUAUACUGCAACUUUGAUACUUUAAUGCCGAAUUUGAACAAAGUAUAUAGAAAUGAUCAACUCUGUAGUACAAUUGUGGGUUGUAGUAAGCAUGGGUGUGAUUAUUCUUGAGUGCUAGAGAUGCAAUAUUAAUCCAAUAUCGGGUUUAAAGUUCAAUUGUAUAGAAUGUGAAGGAUGUGUGUUUGUGUUUUAUUUUUAUAGUUAUAAUGUACACUGGAGAUGGUAUUUAAUUUCAUUGUAUGAGGUGCAAUGACAAUAAAGUAAAGCAAAGUAAACUAAACUUAA